AUCACGCGACCUCUCCUGAUGGGUCGGAUGUUUCCAUGGAAACGUCAACACUUUUGCAUCGACGUCAUGGAGUUCACAGGCAGCAGUUACAAUGGAAGUUAUAAAAAUGGCAGGAUGGAGGGUAGAGGAGAGUACACACUGCCCACACACACCAGAUAUGAAGGAGAGAUGAUGGACGGCAUGUUUCAUGGAAAAGGAGUCUUGUACUUUGUUAAUGGAGGGAAAUAUGAUGGAAUCUGGGAAAAAGGGAUCUGCAAACAGGGUCAGUACACGUUCUCUGAUGGACUGGAGUAUGAAGAGACAGACUGGGAUUACUGUGACGGUUAUGAUCGACGUUUCUACACUGAGAGAUGUUAUGGAAUCAAACCUGCAGGAGAAUCUCAGUUGACUAACGCAGACCCUCCUCCCGUCAUCCCUGACGGCUUCUAUGACUGUGGAGACGGAUUCUACGAUCCUAACACCAGAGUCGUCACAGAUUACGCAGGCCGCUUUCUCAGGAACGCAGAUGAUUGCGAGCACGAGUGGAUCACACGGACCUGCCGGAAAGGCUGGGAUGAGUUUGUGGGAUGUGAUCCUGGGAACAGUACAGUGGAGAAGAUUGCAGGUCCAUGUGGUACAAAAUGAAAUCCUAGUAAAUUGGAAUGUGCAGAAGUAAUUUAUUAAUAAGCCGCAUAAUAAUAUGUAUAAUAAUAAUAAUAAUAAUAAUAAUAAUAAUAAUAAUAAUAAUAAUAAUAAUAAUCUGAAACUGAAACCAGAAAGAAAUAAAAGAAUGUAUUCAAAAAGUUUGAUUUAUUUCUUUUUUGUUUAAUAGAUUAUUUUAUUACAAAAGUAUAAAAUUAAGUCACUUGAGGUUUGUGUGUCAGUCAUCAGA